GUUUUCCUACAAAAAGUUAUGUUAUGAUGUCACAUCAUUUAUUCACAAACAGACGUUGAUAUCACUAAGGGAGCAGCUGUCCCGGUAACGCUUUAUUUUAGUAACAAAUCUCUAAACUAUGUUUUUAACUUUUUUAUAGGGAUAGAUACAUACUAAGAGAAUAUUCACAGUAAGUUAAAUUAAUUCGGCUAAAGGUUCCCCUUGGUAUUUCAUAAAUUCAAAGAUAAGUCUUUCUAAAAAUGUUCUCACUUUUGAAGAGCUCCAUGAUACCAGUAAACAUGAGUUAAACCACAGAUAGCUGAUAACACUCUCACUUGGCUUCAUGAUGCAGGCCUCAGGAAGGAAGAGGUUUUGAAUGUGACUGACAGACUUCCUUUAUGUGAUCUAUAAUGUGUUAUAGCACAGUGAUGUCCGGAAUGUGUGACAGCUGCUGUAGUUGCAUGAAAACUUUGUUUACUCAGUCACACAUUUAUAUCUCGAGGUGUAUGGUGUGUUUUGAAUGUUAAAAAAAACAGAAAAAUAUUCAAAUGUUAUUAGAUAUUAUGUAAAUGCUAAUAAUAAACUUCCUGUUUAUUAUAAUGUGAAAGGGAAACCAAAUGCGCACCAGAGUACGGAAGGACAUAACACAUUCUUCCUGUUCUGUGUUGAUCUGUGGACAUGGAGAAACUGACGGGGUGUUUUCUGUCGGUGCUGCUGCUGGCGGUGCUGAACUCUGUUUUAGCCGAAGAUACAUUUUUCGGGGAAGGUGGUGAGCUGCUGUUGAGGCCUCCUUUCUCUGGAGAUAUCACCAGCAUCCAGUGGAAACACAACAACAAUCUGGUGGCAGAAUGGGUGAAAGAUAUAGUUGAUCUGCAGGAUUACGGUGACUUUAAAAGCCGAACAACCCUGAACUCAACCACUGGAAUUUUGGAGAUCAAAAACAUGAGUCGAGCUGACAGCGGGCUGUAUUCAGUGGAAAUCAACAACAAGGUCCAGGAUGAGCGCUAUAAUGCAAAACUGAUCAAGGCAGUGCCACAGCCUGCUGUGUUGGUGGGACCACUGACUUGUACCAAUGCAUCAAAACAAUGCACCCUGACCUGUGAUGGAAACACAGAGGAGGCUGAACUUGUCACCUACAGCUGGAAGAUGGGAGGAGGAGAGUGGAAGGAUGGGGAGACGAACAGGAGCAUCACCAAUGAUGAGACAAUACAAAGUGUUGAAACGUUCUCCUGCCGGAUGAAGAACCUAAUCAGUGAGAAAGAAAGUGACCCCACACCCAACCCUUUCUUCAGAGAAAAGGUUACAGCCAGUUCUGGAGUUGGGUUGCUUGUGGAUCUGUUUCUGCUUGUUGUUGGCAUCUUGGCUGCUGUGGUAGGUGCAGGAUUUGAAAACUAAAGGUGAACCUUUCUUCAGAGAAGAGCCUGCAGACUCUGGAUGAAAGUUUUAGAGGCUGUCAUGAGAUCUUUGGCUGCCAUGUCUCUCUUGGGGGCUGUUGUGUACUUGGUUUGGCGGAAACAAGAAUCUGUCAGGAAAUGGAUCUGUCCAUGUCUAAUCAGAAAAGCUGAUGAUGAUGAUGAUGUAGCUUGAAAUGGAUGAUCACCUUGGUUUCCUGAUGAAGAUUAAAGCAUGUCAGUACUCCAGUCAGGGAGAGGCAAUGUGUUGUGUUUAGCAAUUAAACAUGAAAACAAGAUUUCUCUUUUUUUUAUUGAUUUUUAGAACAGCGUUGUAUAUCUGUAUGUAUAUUUUCUGCUACUUUAUACUUCUUCUUCAUCACAUCUCAGAACAGUUUUCCAUAUUUCCAUCAUCAUUGUGCUAUUUUUUCUUUCUUUAUUUGUGACACAAUUGAUCAAAGUGAGCCAGUAAAAGAAAAGUAUAAAAGGAUCAUAGAAAUGACUGUUUUCAUGAUGAAUCUAAUGGAAAUUUUGUUUUGAGUUUGUUUUUUGAAACAUUUAUUUUUGUUUGUGAUAUAGUUUAUAUGUUAAUUGUCAGAACA